UCUUGAGGGUAGCUGUAGUGUGUUAUGUAUUCAAUUAGAGCUACUUAGCGUGUGAAACGUUACAGCAAACACAAUAUUUGUGAAGAGUGUUGGUGAAGUUCAUCGUUUCAAAUAAUGCAUGUUACGUUCCUCCAGAGUUCAGGAUUGAUCCUUACAAAUGCGAAAGAAAGAAAAUCGAAUCUCCAAGUUUGAAAAUUUACUUUUGAUUUGAUAGUUGUGAGGUUUGGCGCCUGGAAAAAGCCGAUAUAAAACAAUAUGACGUUGGAGUCUCGAUGCAGGCGAUAAACUAACGAGGCACAUAUUUACAAAAGUCGAACAUAACCUACUAUACAUGUGAUAUUUAAAGUUAAUCAGUUGACACUGACUCUGAAGGUGACUACCGCUAAGGUUGUCGAAACGUCAGUCAACAACAACAAAAACAGUCCUUCUCAGGACUUUAUUAACCUGGACGAUCAUCAUUUACAAACAUUUAAUGCUUAAGUCAGUCUGUGUACUUGCUGACCUAUACCACCUGCCCUCCUCGAUAUUAAAUUUUUCCUGUCUGUUUUAAAGGUAUACUUCUUGAAAAAAUACAAUGUAAAUCAAAGAAGGCGUUCUCGGGGUAGUUCGUCUAUAGCCACAACGAUGACGGAUCUUCGUAAAUCACCAUUUCAUCUCAACCGUUUGGAGGACGGUACUUUGGUGUGCGAAAACGAUGAAGAGAAAAGCCGCGAGGGUCUGGAAACUGAGAAUAUACAACUGAGGGAGGAAAUACGUGAUUUGACUGCGAAACUUGCAGCAUGUGAAUACAAACAACAACGAGAGCAGAGACGACAACAAGGAAGUCCACAAGAAAACAGCUACAUUUCCACGAGUAGCGAGACUCGUCACUCCAGAUUCAACAGCGAGACGGAGAGCGCUCAGGGUCGAGAUUCGGAAUCUCCCGAUAAAAUUGGUCAAAAGGUGUCGAACGUUGCCGACAGCUUGACAAGCAACGGUAGCGUGUUCACACGCGAGGAAAGAGGUGGAAGUUUAAUAGAAGAUAUUAAAAACGCUGAUCGUUUUAUCGCCCUACCAAACGGUAGUAGCGUUUCCGAUGAAGAAACUUUAACGGUCAUGUCAAACGUUUCUGUUGAAUCCUCGUGAUAUUGAAAAGAUUCUUGGAGGAAUAUGGCCGUGUGUUCUACUGAAGAGAAUAUUUAUGGAUCCUGUUUCAGGAAAGAUGAGAUUUGACAAUGAACUGUGGUACAACUUGACUACCACGAAGAUGUUUCCACAUAAAGAUUAACUCCUACGAGAAGAAAGUUAAUUAUAAACGAUCGAAUCGACUUACUAAACCUUUCCCACAAUAAAUAUUCAAACGCAAAAAACGACAUGCAUUUCGUUAAGAAAAUGUGAAACAUUUUAUGCUUAUCUCUGAUUUUAUGACGUUUUUCGUCGCUAAUGACGUAAUUUGACGCUAUGACGUAAUUUGAUCGCAGCAACACUCAAGUCUGUACUUAUACACUUUACACAAUUAGCAUUGCAAUAAAUAUUUUACAUGAAGUACGCAGGGACAUAAGCGAGGCUAAUCGAAAUCUUUACACCUGCAUGGCAAAUUUUUUAGCAAAAUUAUUCGGAAUUAUUUCGAUUGUUUUUGCAGUUAAUGAACACAAAAAUAUUUGCAUAGCAGGAAUAAUGUCGAUAUUCCAAGCAAUAACCAUUUUAUACAAAAACGUUUACACAGCGCUAUAGAUUUUAUUUAAUUUAAAUUAAUGUCGUUCGUAAAAAGCCAAAACAUUAAAUUUGUAAUAUAGAGAAAAUAGAUUAAAUUAAGUGAAAAAAAAAGAUAAAAAGUUUAA